AUGGAAGAUGCAUUAGACGAAAUCGAUGCUGAUAAGACCGCUCAGUACGUUCUGUCGCUUCAGAAAGCUGGUGGCGAAGUAAUGGGUGAUGAGUAUGGCGAAAUUGAUACUAGAUUUAUAUACAUUGCAGCCCAAUGUCUGUCAAUUCUAGGGAAACUGGACAAAUUCAACACUGACGGGGCUGUGGACUUUAUUCGACGAUGCCAGAACUUUGACGGUGGUUUUGGUCUUGUACCUGGAGCCGAGAGUCAUGCUGGUCAGAUAUUCACUGCCAUUGCGGCUCUAGAUAUUCUCGGACGUCUUGAUAUUGUCAAUGUCGACCUUGUCUCGUGGUGGCUCUGUGAACGUCAGCUUCCCUCCGGUGGUCUGAACGGACGGCCUGAAAAACUCCCUGACGUAUGCUACAGCUGGUGGGUACUCUCUGCACUCUCAAUAUUAAACAGACUAGACUGGAUAGAUGGCAGCAAACUACGACAAUUCAUCUUAGAAGCCCAAGACCUCGAGACGGGAGGCAUAGCUGACCGCAAGGGCGACAUGCCCGACGUCUUUCACACAAUUUUCGGCAUCGCAGGACUCAGUCUCCUUGGCUAUGAGAACCUCAAAAAAAUCAACCCCACCUACUGUCUGACCCAGCGUGUCGUUGACAAGAUCAGAAAGAACUAG